GACUGCCCCUGUCAUUUGACAGUUCGAGAAAAAGUGGAAAAGUGUAAACAAAAAUAAGUGAUUUUUAUUCCAAUUUUCGAAUUGACAGUUUUUUUGUAUUUUGCCAUCAAACUGAUCAGAUUUUUGCUUCCAUAAAUUAGUUUCAAUCGCAAAUAUACAAAUUUCGAAAAGAAUAUAAAAAUUUGUGUUGACGGUGGUUUACAGUAAGUAAAAAUUUCCUCUCAUAUAGUGAUGUAUGUGGCAGAAACCAUCGUUUUGGUCAUGAAAGUUAUGAAUUAAAACUUUAAUAAUAGUACUGUAUAAAAUGCUUGCGUAAAGGCUUUAAGCCUAAUUUUUAUCGUGAAAGAGGAGAAAGUGUGAAUUGUUGGCGUUAUUUGUAUUUUUCAGCUACUUAAACACAGCUUAGUUGUUGCCGCAGUUGUUGCAGUAGAUCACAUUAUGGACCAGCAAGCGAAUAUUUUCCUGCAAACAGUUCGUGUAGAGAUCGACAUUGUCGAUUUGUUUGACUUCGCUGAUGGCAGCAAACGAAACUGGAAGGAGGGAAAUGAAGUCUUCAAAAACGGUCAUGUAAUGGUAGCCGGAGUUACGAAAGUGGAAGGUUCAUCCGUGCACAUAUUUUGUAGCUGUCUUCGUGGCUCAAAUCCCUCCGAACCACCAAGGGAGGUUCGCAUGAUUACAUCCAGUGAGCUUAAAAAAUGGGAGAUGCGGUGUACCUGCCCUGCAGGAAACUAUCGCUGCAAACAUCAGUUUGCAUGCCUUCUGUAUAUACACCGGAAUAAAGAUCUGGAAAUACUGUCGAGUACAGAUGUACGCCAACAAUGGGGAAAAGUUGCUAAAAUACAGUCCGAAAAUUUAUACGAGCCCGUUACCCUAUCGGAACUGUGCAACCAACGUAAAAGAGUAUCACCGGAACUUUCAGAUGAAAUUUGUUCUUCUAUUCUUAAUCUUUUCAACUACCCGAUUCUGCGUUGGCAAAAUCUUUGGAUGGUCGGAAUGUCCUAA